AUGAGAAACAUUUAUAGUGCAAUUGUUGAAGCCAAUCUAGAGGAUCAAAUCAAGGUCUCCACAGUAAUUUCUGCUAACUUGUUGGGGUGCUCUUAUCCUCCUUCUGAAGCCUCAUUUAGCAGAGAGGCUAAUGAAUUGAUGGAACCAAUUGUUUGCUUUCUUGUUGAGAAUGCUUCACCAUUACUUGCUAAUCUAUAUCCCUACUAUACUUACAUGUCUGGAUCAUUCACUCUUGACUAUGCUUUGUUCAACGGGCCCUCGGUUGUGAAAGAUGGCAAAUUUGAUUACCACAACGUUAUCGAAGUGAUGGUUGAUGCUAUUUAUGCAGCGCUUGAAAAGUGUGGUGGCCCGAAUGUGUCGAUUGUGGUAUCGGAGAGCGGUUGGCCAUCGGCUGGAGAUGCUAUUACUAAGGUUGAAAAUGGAGUAGCAGGUUCUUACUAUAGUAAUUUGAUUAAAUUUGUUCAAGGUAGGACUCAAAGAAGGCCUGGAAGAGCUAUUGAAACAUAUUUGUUUGCUAUGUUUGAUGAAAAUUUGAGGUCUUCUGUUGUGGAAAAACAUUUUGGUUUAUUCACAUAUGACCAAAAGCAUAAGUACGUAACUAAUCUUAACUUUUCCCUUUAUUGA